CACACAAUAUUCAAACAAGAGUUUGUCGCCCUGACGCGGAGGUGUUGGGUACACGACACUAGCGCCCUUGCCGUGCAGAGCUUAUCCGUUCCACAACACACCCCAGAAGCACUCCCGGGAGCACGCGCGAGCACCAUGACAAGCUACGGCUCCGCCCCGUCGCCGGCCCAGCAGUCGCUGCAGCACAAUACCGCGUCCACGGCCAUCUCCGCACCCGAACAUGGCCAGAACGAGUCUGGGAGCAGUGGAGAUGCAUCUGGGCGCCGAUGGAAAGAGCGGCUCAAGUCAUUCUACGACCGCAACUUUGGCCUGUUCCUUGUUUUCGUGGCGCAGUCUUUCGGCUCCGUGAUGUCGACCGCGGCGAAGCUCUUGACUUCCGCAGAUGCCAAGAACCAGCUCAGCGCGCUGCAGAUCAUCUUCGUCCGUAUGCUCGUCACUGCAAUCCUGGGGUCCGGGUAUAUGUGGUACAAGCAGGUGCCUGACUUUCCGCUCGGGCCGAAGGGGUGUCGCCGGCUGCUCGUGCUGAGGGGGUGUGCUGGGUUUACGGGGUUGUUUGGUCUGUAUUAUUCCUUGGCUGUCCUGGAGAUUUCGGAUGCAGUGGUCAUCACAUUUCUGGUCCCGACAUUCACGGCCCUGGUUUGUUUUGUCUGGCUUAGGGAGCCAUAUACGGCGAAAGAGGCAGCUGCGGGCUUUGUCGCUCUCACUGGAGUCCUGCUCGUGGCCCGGCCCCCAUUCAUCUUCGGCAAGAAAAUCACCAAGCCGAUCACGCUGGCAAUAUUCUCACCAAGCGACACAACAGUGGGGGCAUUUGACGCUGCCUCUCUGACCAUGUACUAUUCGACGAGCACCUACGCCGUGGCCCCGCAGCCGUCUCCGGCAGAGCGUAGCGUGGCCGUCCUGGUUGCGAUACUAGGCACGUUCUGCGCGGCCCUGGCGUAUGCGACGAUCCGUGUCAUCGGCAAGCGUGCGCACUCUCUCGUCAGCGUCAACUACUUUGCCGUGGUGGCGACACUCGGGUCGGCGUUGGUGAUCUUGGUACACCCAGAUCUGCAUUUUGUGCUACCUAGAGGCGUGCUGCAGUGGACUCUGCUCACCAUCAUCGGCGUUGCUGGAUUUCUGCUGCAGUUCCUUCUGACUGAGGGCUUGCAAAGGGAGAAAGGCGGGAGGGCGACCAAUCUCACUUACGUGCAACUCGUCUUUACCCUGAUUGUCGAGCGCGUCAUCUGGGGCACGACACCACCGCCUAUCAGCCUUGCGGGCAGCGCGCUCAUCAUCGGCGCCGCAAUCUGGAUCAGUCUGCAGAAAAACGGCAGUGGCGCCGCGGCGAAGUCGGCUAAUGUCAAGACGAAUGGCACGACGCAAGAAGCUGGACAGCCAGAUGAUGGCUCUGUCGUGGUGGAUGAGGAGACGGCACUGCUAGGGCCGCGUGAGGAGGAGAUCAGACGGUAGAUGGUUGUUGGUGUGGAAGGUGUGGAAGGUCGCAAGUGAGGGACGCAGCAGCGAAUCCGAGGCUCGAUACUGUUUUGAGCUGCAACCAAUUCAAGGUGAUGCGAAUAUGGGCGUGCUCCGAGGAGGAAGGUGUUUUUUGUCCGUGAAUGUUUGCCAGUGCCCCGUGUGGUGAUGGAUCUUGCCUGGUGGGUGUUGGCGAG